GACCCAGGUAUCGACAUGGGCAAUGCAAACUCCAAAAGCAGCAGCCGAAACAGCUCCAUCCCGGGUCAUCCCGAGCUGUCUUUGUAUGGCUCUUUUUCUAGGAAAUGGAAUGAGAAUGUCUUUUUGGAUAAUGAACUCCUAACAUCCAAGAUCCUGUCAGCACUUCGGCCACAUUCUGAAAGGGGCUUAAGGACGGGAAAUCUUCAAUGUCCUGCUCGUUUUCUGAGUACCAACUCUGUGUUUGCAUCCGUAGCAGCCUCUUUGAAGGAGCAGCCUCGCAGCACCCUCUUGGGAUCUAAUGGCACCCCAGUUCUGCCCAGGAAUGUCGGGAUGACUAUCUCCACCAAAGCAAGUCUUCAAGCAGCAUUAAAUACGGCUGGAACUCUGAAUAGAUUUGGAUCAGGUACAGGAGAGAUGGAUGAAACCGAUGCUGGAUUAGUAAAAUUCAAGCAGGCAACAGAUGAUUCUCUUUCACUUGCAUCAACUACUGAAUCUAUUUUCGUGGAAGAUUCCUACUCUGCCUCACUAAAAAGUGAAAUAGAAGCUGAUGGCCAAGAGUUUGAGGCUGAGUCCUGGAGUCUUUCUGUGGAACUGCCAUAUGCAAAGAAACAAAAAAAGGAAGUAUUGAAGAGGCAAGAUGUCAUCUAUGAAUUAAUGCAGACUGAAGUGCAUCAUGUCCGAACCCUGAAAAUAAUGUUGAAAGUCUACUCCAAAGCACUGAAGGAAGAGAUGCAGUUUAGUAGCAGAGUAAUCAACCGCAUCUUCCCAUGUGUGGAUGACUUGCUGGAGAUGCACGGGCAGUUCUUGCACCGCUUGAAGGAGCGACGCAGAGAAUCCUUGGCAGAAGGCAGUGAUCAGAAUUAUGUGAUCCAGAAAAUUGGAGACCUCUUGGUACAACAGUUUUCAGGUGAAAAUGGAGAAAGAAUGAAAGAAAAAUAUGGUAUCUUCUGUUGUGGUCACAAUGAAGCUGUCAGUCACUAUAAGGAACUGCUUCAGCAAAACAAGAAAUUCCAAAAUAUGAUUAAGAAAAUUGGCAACUUCUCCAUUGUUAGACGGCUUGGUGUUCAGGAGUGCAUCCUUCUUGUUACUCAGCGUAUUACCAAAUACCCUGUGCUGGUCGAGCGCAUUAUUCAGAAUACUGAAGCUGGCACUGAAGAUUAUGAAGAUUUGAACCAGGCUCUAGGCCUCAUAAAAGACAUCAUCACGCAAGUUGAUGCCAAAGUGAAUGAAUGUGAGAAGGGGCAACGCCUCAAAGAGAUUGUUGGCAAGAUGGACCUCAAAUCCUCCGGCAAGCUCAAAAACGGGCUGACCUUCCGGAAAGAGGAUAUGCUUCACAGGCAGCUCCAUGUCGAUGGAAUGCUUUGCUGGAAAACUGCAUCAGGACGUCUGAAAGACGUUCUUGCUGUCCUACUGACUGAUGUGCUUCUGCUGCUACAAGAAAAGGACCAGAAAUAUGUCUUUGCAUCUGUGGAUUCAAAACCACCUGUUAUUUCAUUACAAAAGCUAAUUGUGAGGGAGGUAGCGAAUGAGGAAAAAGCAAUGUUUCUGAUCAGUGCCUCCCUGAAAGGCCCAGAAAUGUAUGAAAUUUAUACCUGCUCCAAAGAAGAGAGAAAUUCAUGGAUGGACCAGAUCCGCAGAGCUGUGGAGAGCUGCCCUGACGGGGAGGAGGAGCCAUUCAGUGAGGCUGAAGAAAAAAUGGCUGAGGCCCGAGCUGCCAAAUUAAAAGAAUUCCAAGAACGUUUAAGCAAGAAAGAUGAGCUGAUUGCUCAAAGUCUCAGUGAGAAACAGCAGAUUUAUUUGGAAAUGUUUGAGAUUAACAGCUUUGAAGAUCUUCCUCCCGGCUCGCAGUCCAGAUUCUUUUUCCGAGGAGGGGAACCCUCAGAGAACAGCCUGCAAGGCGAGAUGAUUCUGAAGUCGGCAGUAUCUGAAGUUGAGAAUAUGCUUCACCUGGUGCACUCACAUAUAUAUAAACAGCUGAGAAACGACAGUGAAGACGGUGGGGCCGGGGAUGAUCUCUCAUUGCCCAGGAGAGCAGAGACCUUCGGAGGCUUUGACAACAAUACAAACCCAAACAAAAAUGCUAGCUUUAAGAAGAAAGUCUGCAAUUGCGAUGCCCGGCUUAAAGACCGGAGAAUUCCUUUUACCGGUUUGGACUCACAGCUUGGUGACCUUUCAGGAGACUCUGAAGAAGGAUCACAGACAGCUGAGCUAACCCAAAUGGACUGGAACAACAGUGCACCAGCCACAAUGGAAUCUGAGCUUUUAAAGAGAAUACACACCCUGUCAAAGCUGCUUUCCAAUCUUCAGGCAGUGGUUGCUCAGCAGGACAGCUACAUUGAAAUGCAGAGGGCCACAAUCCUUGACCGAGAAAAGCAAUGUAGACUGCAGUCAACACGUGGAAACUUCCUGUUAGAACAAGAGAAACAGCGGAACUUUGAGAAGCAAAGAGAAGAACUGGCCAAUGUACAGAAGCUUCAGAACCAACUCAAGCAGGAACAGCAACGCUGGGAGCGUGAGCGCAGCCGUCAGCAGAAAGAACUGGAAUACACUGAAGCCCGGCUGCAGGAGCGGGAGAGUGAGUCCCAGCAGUUCAGGGAGCGGCUGACCCAAGACAAAGAGGAGCUGGACCGGCAGCGCGAGGCCUACCAGCAUGAUCUGGAGAGGCUCCGUGAGUCCCAGCGAGCUGUGGAGAAGGAAAAGGAAAGGCUUGAACUUCUGAAAAAAUUAAAGAAGCAGAACACCGUGCCUGGCACAAUACCUCCCGAAGGGCUGGAGGGCCACACCCUGAGCACCUCCUCGAGUUUCAACGGCGAGGGCCUCGAGGGGGCCGUGCAGCUGGCCAAGCCCCUGGCGAGGACCAGCACCCUGCUGUGCGGCUCUGACUACGCGGAGCGCCCCGAGGUGGCUCGUCGGGACAGCACGGCCGCAGAGGGCCGCCUGGCGAAGAGCGACGUGCCCAUCCAGCUCCUGAGCGCCACCAACCAGAUCCAGAAGCAAGCUGCCGUCCAGCAGCAGAUCCCCACCAAGCUGGCCGUGCUCACAAAAGGGAGCAAAGAGAAGGGGGGGAAGAGCAAAGCCUCCCAGCGCUCCGACAGCUCCACCUCCUUUGACCUAAAACAGCAGCUGAUGCUCAGCAAGUUUAUGGGCAAAGAAGAAAACACUAUGAAAGCCCGCCAGGCCCCGGGUCCUGCCCUGACAGGCCAGAGCGUCAUUGUGCAUCAGGAGUCAUGUGUCCCAGCGGACAUCCAGACCUCGGAGAUCUCUCCUCUGGGCUCAGGAAACAUGUUCAGGCCGAGCAGCGCCCCACACCUCUCGCCCCCGGCCCAGCCGCUCGCGCGGCCCGCUUCCGAAGAAGACGCCAACAAGGAAGAUGUUAUCUUUUUCUGAACUGCUGUUGCACGGUGCAUCUGGUGCCAUCCCCUUGGAGAAGAUUUCCAUGGAGUCUCCAGGACAACAGAGGGCCACUGCUGAUUGGCAUCUCUUGUCUCCUCCAGAAUGACAUCCCCUUCAGAUGAAGCCAGGUUUUCCUUCACAUGGUCAGAACCCACUUGGGGACUCCAAGGGGUCAUUGGGACCAUGUGGGCACCUGCUUGUCUCUUUUUCAGGCAUAACCACUAUGGACUUGAACAUGGCCUGGGUGUCUCAAUUCCAAAUUUAUGGAUAUGUUGCCAUCCACCAUAAUAUGCUCUUUUUGGUGAAUUUGCAGUGAUUCCCUGAUAAAGUUUUUAAUCUCUUUUUAGAAAAAAGUUUUAAUUGGAAGUUGAACUAUAAAUGAACUAAGGAGCUAUUCUAAAUAAUAGGACCCCCGUUUGGGUAAGAGAGAAAUCUAUUUUCAAUCUGGUUUUACAGAGCUGUGGCCAUUAGCUGUAGUUUCAGAAAACAGGUCCUGGGGUUCUCGGCCCUGGGCAUGAGCUGGCAGGCGGACCUGGAAUACAGGAGGCCAGGUAAUAGUUUUAAGGCCCCAGAGGCCAACUUAGGAAAUGUGUCCAUUCUGGGGGAGGUGGUGCUAGCAGCCCACCUUCUUGGCUGUCCAGACUGGCCGUCAGUGCUGUCUGUCUUCAGAAAAGGAGCCUUAAGCUCAUCUCCGCUUCUGAGGCUUUGUUGGGUGUGGUGCAGAUUCCCAAAGCGAAUUAUUUGUUGGUUCAUAGUGAACUUAAGAUUGGGAUAUUUUCCUGAUCAUUGAUGAAGAUGCUAAAUCUAAAAAAAGUUAUUAGCAAGGUUGAGAGUGCAAUAGGUUACUGUCUUCAAUAAUCCUUCUAUAACGUAGUCUAGGUUGUUAGAGUGGGCACCCUGCCAGCAGAGGCGUUUGUUACCACGCAGGUGGCUGUCGAGGUCCUGCUAUCUCCACACGUGAGCAGCAACAUCGAGACAUAUGUAACAAAAAGGAGUUCUCAUUGGCGAACCGUUGUAUUAUUGCUUUGGAGUCUCCUCAUUCUGAAUUUGAUAUGGUGAAGAAAAUGAAUUUGGCUGUUCAGACAGCAGUGUGUCUUUAUGGCAGCUCGGUGCCCAGUCUUUGUGGGGGCUUCUGAUUAUCACAGACAGUGGAAAGUGCUUCUGCAGAUGAAUGCCUGGGAGUUUACCUGAGGCAGAGCUUGGUGUUGGCCGGGGAUCUGUAGAAGCUGCAGGCCCUCGGCAGGUCAUAAAGCAACCCAGGGGAACCGAGCUCUCGGGCCAUGAAGCUGCUUCUUAGCAACAGCAACUUCUUCUUUGUGUGCCCCAUUCCCUGCCAUUGCCCCCGGAGAAGCAGAAUGUAUGGGUUAUAUACCGGGCUAGUCGCCCUCAGGAAGGAAGUGACCCGUCUGGCUCUGAAAUGGGGACAAAUGGCUUUUUUUUUUUUUUAAAGGUCUUAGAAUAUUGUCAUUAAAGAUGAAUAUUUAGUAAUAGCUGAACAAAGUGGCAGGAAGCAAAGAAACAUUUUGUGUUGAUUCUCAGUAGUUAAGGAGCCAUGUAACCAAUACAUAUUCUCUCAUCUGUCCAAAAGAGCUGGCAAAUGAUUUGAAGUUUCCUGUAGAGAGAAUCAUCUGGGUGGUUGGGUGCCAGGAAAGUGUUAGUGACUAGCACAAAACAGAUGCUAUUGGGAAAGGUGAUUUACAGUAAAGAUUUGUUGGUGUGAAGUUUUCUCCUUUCUCCUCCCCUCAGUUUGGGGGUAGUUUCGUAGUUUAUAACUGGAAGUGACCAGAGACACAUUAGCUCAAUAAUCUCACCAGUAAGGAAACUGCCGCCAACACUGGGAGGAAAUAGCAGAGGCUAGAUUUGAAUUAAGUCUGUCUCUAAAUUAAUCCCAGCCCAGUGUCGUGGAAAUGAAAUUGUUUGCCUAUGGUUCUUUUGGACACCUGGGGGGGAAAUACCUUUAAAAUCUAAUGUUAGGGGAGUGGUUAGAUAUCAUUUCUGUCUGCUUCCAUCUAUAGCCAUAUCACAGCUUUGGCCCAAACUCUGGACUUGCAGAUGCCUCCUCCGAGGGCUCUGGUGUGGGACUUAUCGGGCUGAUGGCCGGCUUAUCUAAGUUUGGGGGUUUGGACUGUAACCUGUCAUAGCCAGGGAAGAGUUGCAACUCAUUUCCCCAGACCUCCAAGUUAAGGACAACUGAAGAGUUUAACACUGUAAUUGUCAGCAAAUAAUAAAAGUUAUAGGCCCUAUUGCAGGAAUUCAUUUCAUCUUUGGAACAGGUAUGUUUCCAGCAAGUCCACAGUCUGCAGGCCACGUAAGAGUCUCCUGUCUUAUUAUCAACUCAUACUCACAGGGAAAUCCAGCCCCAAACACGCAUGCACAUGGGUUCCACAAUAGAUUUGUCAGUGGAGCUGGGAGAGAUUUUUCAGUUUUUUGAAUCAAAAUCGGAUUCAAAAGUUCAGUUGUUCAAAGCCUGACAGGCAAGAUAAUAGGAAAGGAAGUUGCUUCCAGAAGGAGCUCCUUCCAGGGCCUAGUCGGGGACCUCUGUCUCCUUACUACAAGGGAGACAUGGCCAGGUGCCUGCUGUCCAGGUCCUGUCCUGAUUGAGGAGUUCUGCCAUUGAUGCUGCAUCUAGGCCCAGUGGAAGGUGGAGAGAGUGGGCCGGAGAAAGGAGAGCUCGAGCUCUUGGUGCCAGAGUGAGGUAGUCUGUCUUUCCUAAAGCGUCCUGUGAUCGUAGUAGUCCCUUUUGUUCCCUGUGGUUCUGUGAACAUGUCUUCCACCCCCCCAUCCCCCCACAUAAAUUCUGAUGGCCCCUGUGGUCUUGCUGCAUCCAUCAGCAUGAUGGUAAAGAAAUCUUCCCGCAGCACACCUGAGUUUUACCUGAGUGGGCAGGACAGGUGAGGUUCUGCUUUUGCUUAAACGUCCCACAUGAACUUGCAGAAGGGACCAAAAGCAGAAGUCUUCCUUCUCACCUUCACUCUAAUGAGGGAAACCUUUCUGGCACUUGGAACGUUGUUUGCUGUCAGCCCAGAAAUGAGUCCCUAACACUUGGGAUCUUGUCUCUCCCUAUCUCCUUUCCCCCCACCCCCAUCCUCUCCUUGAAGGAACAAUUAUACAAUCAUGAGUCAGCAUUGAUUUCAGUUUCUGUUACGAUGGCAGGUCCUGCCCAGCAAGCGAAGUUCUGAGAGAGAAAAACUUUUUACCAUUUUUAAAAACCCUUUUCACCAGUGAUUCUCAUUGCCCUUUGAAAUAUAUGUACUACACAUUAAAUUUCAUUGUGCCAUGUUUAUAAUCAGUGUUUUUUAUUUUUGUACUGAAGUAUUGGAGCACUUUAGAAAUGUUUACUUUAAAUUUGUUUGAUUUUGGAAGGAAAAUGACUUGUCUGUAAUUCUGUUGCUGAGCUCACGUAAUAAUUCUUUACUGAGCUGUGAUAGUUUGAUGCUGUUUAGUUUUAGUUCCAGUCUAGUGACUUUGUGAUCUCGUUAAUAAUCAUGAUAGGAGAUUCAGGGGAUUUCAAUCCAAACCUCCAAGAGGAUUGUCUUCUUCCCUGAAGUUGAGGAGAUUUCUCAGUUCUGCUGGAAGGCAGGGUUGUAAAUAGUCAUGUCCCUGCCAGUGGUAUCCCCGUCACUUCUUGUUAGUAUCUAAUUUUAUUUGUAAAAUUAAUGGAUAAGCACAUGUUAAUACAUCUGUUGACUCGUGCACUUCGUUAAUUGUAUUGUGAUCUUAGAUUCACUUCCUGGUUUGUUGUUUUGUUUUGGGGUUUUUGUGGGUUUUUUUUUUUAAUAAUUUUUUUAUGCUGGCUCUUGUCAGCACGAUUUCAGAACAACAGUACUGAUUUCUAGCAAUAAAAAAAUUACUAAAAUAA